AUGGUCAAGUCCAAGUCCCCAGCAAAAGCUCACUCCGCGCCGUCGGCCAAGCGUUCGAAGAAAUCCCACAAUAAACCAAGCUCUUCCUCCCAACCCUCCACCGCAAAGCAAGAACGAAAAGCAGUAGACCCUACCACCCUAGCAUGGUCGGCGGUGCAUCUGCCUUCCGAAGCUCAAUCUGGAGGAGCUGGUCUCACUGAAUCCGACUAUUUCCAUACUCUUGAUUGGAAUGAUGAUGAUUUUAUGGGCCUACAGGAGAUUGAUCAUGUUGAUGUGUUGCAGGAGGAACGUCCGGAUGGGUCGCGGACCAUUAGUUUCCUCGCAAGCGAAAAGAUGCUCAAGGACAAGCGCAAGCAGAAACAAGGUGCUGCAUCUUCAACUCCCCCAUCAGCUGCAGUGGAGAAGCAGACGCAGAAGCGAAAGGCGAAAAAGAAUAACAAGAGGAGCAUUGAGGAGGUUCUUUCCGAUGUCGAGCCAGAGACCACACAAUCCAUUGGUACCGAGGUUAGUCACUUCAUCACCCAGGCAGAGGAUGAGUCGGAUGACGAAUACGAAACAGCAGCAGACGUGACCAUGCCCGCCGCUGACGAUGCUGUUGAAGAACAAGACGACAGCAACGACGACGACUCGCAUCUAGAUCUCGACGAUGACGACCUCGCUGAAGCCUUGCGCAAUGCCCACCAGCUCGAUCUUCAAGACGACCAAGGAGAUGUUGACGAAUUCGACGAUCAACUUCUCCCCGCCUGGUCGCACCUUCCUUUACAUCCCGCUCUCAAGCGUGCCCUUGCUCACAAAGGCUUUACAAAACCCACCGAGAUCCAAGAUCGUUCGCUCCCAUUCGCACUCGGUCUGCAAUCCCAACAAGAAGCAGAAUCCUCCAUCGACGAUUCGCAUGAGGACGCAAAACAAGCCACCGCCACCUCGAGCUCGCAAAAGAAGCGUGAUGUCGUUGGAGUCUCCCAAACCGGUAGUGGUAAGACUCUCGCAUAUGGUCUGGCCAUUCUCAACCAUCUUUUUGAGAAUGCAGAGAAUGCAAUCGCCUCCUCCUCUUCGCGUCGAAAUGCGCUCGAACAAGUGCCGCCUCCUCUGGGAGCUCUCAUCCUAUGCCCCACCCGCGAGUUGGCACUUCAAGUCUCUUCCCACCUCACUGAGAUCGUUCGUGCGAGCUGUAUCAUCUCUGCCGACGACGAUGAUGACCAGGCCGAAAUUUCGCACAAGAAACUACUCGGUCGACCGCAAAUCGCCGUAGUUUGCGGUGGAAUGUCGGAACAAAAACAGCGUCGUCUCCUCCAAGGUCGUUCUCGCGCAAGCGAUCGUCAAUCCGGCGUGGACAUUAUCAUCGCCACUCCCGGUCGACUCUGGGAGAUGACCAGGUUAGACGAUCAUCUAGCAGCUCGGAUCAAACAGACGCGUUUCCUCGUGCUCGAUGAAGCCGAUCGAAUGGUGCAAGUCGGACACUUUGCAGAGAUGGAACAUAUCCUCAACCUAGUCAAUCGCACCGAAGCUCGUCAUCCUGUCCCAGGCAAAGAUGGCCAACAACACCAACCGCACCACCACCAAUCCGAUUCGGAAUCUGAGAGAGAGGUGCAGACGCACCGAGUCAAGCCAAGUUGCAACAUGCAAACCUUUAUCUUUUCCGCCACUCUCAGCAAGACUCUUCAGAUCAACCUCAAAAAGCGUCGCAAGCUUAAACAGUUGACAAAGAAACGUCAUUGCAAACGUAAUGCCAACUCUACCACGCUCGACGAGCUCGUGUCUCGUAUAGACUUUCGCGAUCCCACCCCUGCAGUUAUCGAUUUGACUCGCGCUCAGGGUAUGCCGCAGGGAUUGAUGCAGACCAAGUUGGAAUGUGUCCGCAAAGAUAAAGAUUUAUAUCUCUACUAUUUUCUUCUUCGUUACCCUGGUCGCAGUUUGGUGUUUGUUAAUUCUAUUGAUGCAAUUCGUCGGUUGACCCCUUUGCUUGGGGAACUUGGUAUUAGGUCUUAUCCUAUACAUAGUCAGUUGCAACAGAAACAACGCUUGAACAACCUCGAUCGGUUCAGUUCUUUCUCUCUGCACUCAACACCGCAUUCAGCGAAAGGAAAAGGAAAAGAUGGAGGCCGGGUGAAAAACUGCAUAUUACUAGCAACCGAUCUCGCUGCACGAGGACUCGACAUUCCCAGCGUAGACCACGUCGUACAUUACCAACUGCCACGAUCUGCCGAUACAUAUAUCCAUCGAUGUGGUAGAACUGCCAGAGCUGGUAGCAGCGGUGUUUCACUAGCACUCAUCGAGCCGAAAGAGAAGCAGUUGUGGGGGAAACUUUGCCGUUCGUUUUCCAGCAAGCCGGAUAUGCCAAAUUUUCCGAUUACCUUUUCAACACUAGCACUGUUAAGGGAGAGGGUGGAAUUGGCCUUGAAGAUAGAUAAGCAGACGCAUAUGGUGAACAAACAGACACAUGACAGUAAUUGGUUGGCAAAACUCGCUGAGGAUGCCGACCUUGAUCUGGAGGAGGAAUAUGUACAUCCAGAUGCUCCUAUCAGUUCGAGAAAGCGAGCGAGCGGAGCGGGAGAGGGCAAUUUGAACCAACUCAAAUCCAAACUAGCCGAGUUGUUAAGUAGACCAGUGACGACCAUAGGGUUGUCGCAUAGAUAUCUAACUGCGAACGGAGUCGAAGGCAGUGGUUGGGUGCAAGAUCUUGUGAAUGCCGAGACAAGUCAUAGUGAGAUUGUCGGCCUAAGGCCGAGCGAUGCAAUAGAUGAUGUUUUAAGAGGGAGACAGACUACUCCCAAAAGGACCAAGCAAAAAGUUCCUCCCCAAAAGGAGAUGCCAAAAAAGAACAAGGUCGAUCAAACUCCUAUUGCGAAGAACAAGGUGGAAGCUAAAACAGCGAACAAGAAAACUGCCAACUUGCACAAGCGUCAAAAGUAA